CUCGUCGCCGACGCUUGCGUCUCACACGACACGUUCACGACGCGUUCCGUUGCAGAUGCGAGUUACCUAUUACUAAAGCGAUGCCGGCCGAGGAAGAACCCGUGGCCAUGGACGCCAGGGACCCACCCGGCUCGCCCCAGCAAUUCUGCCUGCGGUGGAAUAAUUAUCAAUCCAACCUCACGAGUUGUUUUGACCAGCUGUUUCAAACAGAAACUUUGGUGGACGUUACGCUCGCUUGCGAUGGGAGGAAACUCAAGGCCCACAAAGUUGUGUUGUCGGCUUGCAGCCCCUACUUCCAGAGCUUGUUUAUGGACAAUCCCAGUGAGCAUCCCAUCGUGAUAUUACGCGACAUAAUGUAUAGCGAUCUGAAGGCAGUGGUGGAGUUCAUGUACCGUGGGGAGAUAAACGUGUCGCAGGAGCAGAUUACUGGCUUGCUGAAAGUGGCCGAAACCUUAAAAGUGAGAGGAUUGACAGACGUCAACGGGGAACAAGCCGUGCUGCGAGCUGAGACUGCCCAGAGAGAGAUGGAGGCCCGGGCCCAAAAGCGACCAAUGGACGACGCGGUGACAAUCCCAUCCAAGGUCCGCAGAAGGGGCUCGGACGUCGAGCGCAGCCCGAGGCAGAGCCCUCGCGAGUCCCCGUCGACACCAGCCGACCUUCUGCCCCCGCCGGACGUCAGCGUGCCCAUGCCCAUCCAUGGCGACGACGCGGACAUUAGACCAGGCAUCGCUGAAAUGAUCCGUGAGGAAGAAAGGGCGAAGAUCCUUGAGAACUCCCAUGCUUGGCUUGGCGCUUCUACAUCGUCACUCGCAGUAGAUAGCUACCAGUACCAGCUCCAGUCAAUGUGGCAGAAGUGUUGGAACACCAAUCAGAGCCUGGUGCACAACUUACGAUUUCGCGAACGCGGCCCACUAAAAUCCUGGAGGCCAGAAACAAUGGCAGAAGCAAUCUUCUCUGUACUGAAGGAGGGACUCUCUCUGUCACAAGCUGCAAGGAAAUACGAUAUACCAUACCCCACAUUUGUACUCUACGCAAAUCGGGUCCACAAUAUGCUGGGACCCAGUGCUGAUGGUGGUACAGAUUUGAGACCAAAAGGUCGCGGUCGGCCGCAGCGCAUCUUGCUAGGAGUGUGGCCCGAUGAACACAUUCGUGGCGUUAUCCGCGCCGUAGUUUUCCGGGAUUCACACGCUUCCCACACCGCUCAUCACAUCAAGGAAGAAGUGUUGCCCGUCUAUCCUCAAAUCACGGAUGGUAUGACUGUGGGUCAAAGUCCCUACCCGGUACCCUGCGGCAACGGGCGCGAAGGAGGAGUGUCACCAAAUGCUGCCGCAGCCGCUGCUGUAGCUGCAGUGGCUCAUGGUCUACGACGUCAGAUGUGCAACAUGGUAGUGGCCGCACAAAGGCCGCCCGACCAUCCGCCUCAUCUAGGCCUACCCCCUCUACCGCUGCAGUCUCCACGCUUACCUUCACCGCUGUCUACCGGUUUAGAAUCUCCUCUCUGCUCACCACCUCCUCCCGGGCACGCACUCGAACCUCCAAAGCCAGCUGACCCUUUCCGCCCAUUCGUAUCGCCUAGACCAGACAGCCGUUAUGGAGAACGAGAUGUGGUUGCUGAUAUCACCGAAAUGGGCCCACCGAAGACACCGGUAACCGUGGCAAAGAAUGGCAAAGACCUGUCGUCCCCGCUGCCGGUGAAAAUGGAGGCGCCCCAGGCAGAUGGGCGUGCUGAGAACAUCUGAAGCCAGGCUGCGGGCCCGGUGCUGCCUCAGACCCCGAUUGGUCUGCCGCCGCCGAUGCCCGCUUAUCCCUAUUUUGUUUCGAACCGUAACUCAAUCGGUUAUUUCUAAAGGAUUUCUCGUACUGCGUUGCGGUGCAAGUAUAUUCUGCUAAUCUUGUGUUUAUUCGACAUUAUUUUGUCAGCAUUAUUUCAUCAUAUUUAAUUACAUACUGUUUAAAGUGGACUCCCUGUGCAAUAAAUUGCUCGUUGUUUAGUUACAAAUUUUGUAUUACUAUAAAAGAUUAUGUUUAGUUUUAUUAUCAUAAUUAUUUUGAUUAUGAAUAGUCGUUUAUGUAUGUGUUCCAGUGGCACACUAAUUGUAUUAUUAUACUAUUAAUUAUAUGUAUUUGGUUAGAAAGCGCGAGCGAGGGGCAGCAACGCUUGCGAGAGCUGCCCACCCGCUCGCUUUAGUAAUUAUAUUGGUUCAGUGGUGUAAUCAUAAAAUUAAAAACGUAGCUACCACCUAUAAAGAGAUAAACUCUUGUAGCUUCAAAUUAAUUCCAUAUAUACCAUGUGUAUUACAAUUUAUAAAGUGUGUAAUUAUUAUAUAUUUUUGAUCAAUAACCAACCCGAUUUUCUGACUGACUUUGUUCAUUCAAAG